AUGCAUCCUGUGGAGAGGACUCAGACAGAAAAUGUUUGUCGAGGACUGUCUCCUAAGAGACAGACGCCUCGUGGAACUGGUGAAAGAGUGCAGAGUGGAUCAAAAAGUUUUAGAAUGGUUAUACAGCUUCUUGUGUCUGUAUCUCUUUCCUAUACCUACACAGAAGUACAGUGGGCCCUCAAAGAUGUGAAGAGACUACAGAACAGUGUUUUUCAUAUAAUUAGCAAUUUGCUCUUCCACGUCAUUUCAUGUUAUACAGAAGACAAAAUGAUAAAGGUCCUUGUGAAGAAACUGAAAAAUAAUUACCGUGCAUUGCUGGGAUUUGAGACCAUGGGGGCGAGCGCCGGCGGGGUGCGGGGCCGCGGUGCCCGCGGUCUGCGGCUCUUGCAGGCAGCAGCCUGGGCAGCGGACGGGUGCGAGGGGCCGCAUCUCUCCCGGCAGUGCGCGGCGCGUAUCCCGGAGGCUGGAGCCCUACUCGACCUGCUGGAGAAAUGUCCUGAGCACCAGAAGAAGGGAGGUUUUCCCGUCGUAGUUUUUGAAGGGCUGGAUGCCACAGGCAAAACCACUGUAACCCGGUCUGUUAAGGACACCCUCAAAGGCAUUCUGCUAAGUUCCCCACCAUCUUGCAUCAGCCAGUGGAGGACAAUAUUUGAUGGUGAGCCAGCACCCAUUAAAAGAGCAUUUUAUGCUGCAGGCAACUACAUUCUUGCUUCAGAAAUAGCGAAAGCAUCCACUCAGGCACCGGUGAUCAUUGACAGGUAUUGGCACAGCACAGCUGCCUACACAAUUGCCACUGAAAUAAAUGGGAAAGUCCAGGAUCUUCCUCCAGCUAACGACAAGGUGUACCAGUGGCCAGAGGAUCUGCUUAAACCUGAUCUUGUUCUUCUCCUGACUGUUGACCCUGAGGAGCGAGUUCAGAGACUUCAGCGUCGGGGUCUGGAGAAAACAAAGGAGGAAGCUGAGCUGGAAGCUAAUAUCUUGUUUCGCCAAAGAGUUGAAGAGUCCUACAGAAGGAUGGUGAAUCCUGCCUGCCAAGAAGUUGAUGCCAGCCCCUCCAAGGAAGAAGUUCUUAAGACAGUGCUACAACUAAUUAAGAAACACUGUGCUUUGUGAAAGCAACUUUUGUGUAAUAGCACUUAAAAGAUAAUUUUUAGUGCACUUAAAAGAUGCUUUUUAUUGCCCCUAUUGUUUUGGUACCUGAAAAUGCACUGUUAUGUGUGCACUGUUUCAUCCCACGGAAGAAUCUUUUCUUUCUUCUGUCAACAGUAAUCAGUGCAGGUUAUCUGUUUCACUGUUGCCUACUGUACUUUUCUGUAUAAGGCAGAAUACUACUCACAUGUUAUUCAACAUUCGUAGUAAAGCCACAACAUACUAUGGUACGAAGUACCUCAAAGUGCUCUCUGACACUGUGACAUUUCAAGACACUAUCAUGUUGCAUCUUCAUCACCAGGAGAACCUGUUCCUGCAUCCGUUGUGUACCAGAUUGCGCUGGACUGCAGCAGGAGCAUUAGGUGCCCAAGGAGAGGCUGAAAUGUCAUCCAGCAGUAAACCAAUAAAAUAAUCAUAACAUUUAGGAACAGACAAUCGAGUGGCCCAGUGUUGUUUACUGGACUAGAGAAUGAGUAGCUGUUGCUGUGAUGGGCAUCCUGGAAAAAAUGUGUCGUAAGUGAGGGCCAGUGCACAUCUAGGCUCCUAAGUAAUAAAGUCCAAGCCUGUCAACAUAUGCAACUGAAAUAUCAAUUCAUUUUAGAGGGAAACAGAGAAUGAUGACAUAUUCUAAAGAGAUACCUGAGAAGAACCUGAAAUUAAAUUAUAAAUGAUUGCUAAAAUAUUUGUGAACAAAACAUCCUAUUAAUAUUUGUUAAUGUGUAUUUGUGUUCUUUUAAGAGAAUGUGAAAAGAAAAAUUGCUGAGAAUCUCAGGAAUGGGAAUGAUUGUACCUUUUCACUUCACCUUUUCUUUCUUGUGUGGGUUUUUGCACAUGUUGAAUGUAUCAUCAAGACUUCAGCUCUGCAAAGGCUUAUUUUUAAGUACAUUAGUUACACUAUUGUUACUGCUAAACGCAAAACUAAAUACAUGGAUAAGCCUUUGUGGGGUCAGAAAUUAACUGCAGAUCCAUAAAGAACAUAACUAAAAUGUAAAUUUGAUUUAAAGCAUUGUUUUUCUUACUUCCAUGUGUUAAGCAAGUGCAAUUAUCAAUGAAUCUGCCCUGUAAAGAAAAAUGUACUUACUAGUGCAGUUCCUAUAUCCAAUCUGUAUGUGCAAGGUGAUA